AUUCUAGCCUGGAUUAAUCACGACAAAAACAAACGAAAACAUCAUUUUCCCGAGUUAUUUCGUUACGUUCGACUGGUUUACAUAUCGCGUGACUUUCUAUUCAGUGAUGUCGUGACAAAUUAUUUGGUAAGAGACAAUGAAGACUGUAUCGAGCUCGUGGAAAAGGCUGUCGAGUUAAUUGACUAUAAAGGUUUCGAUACUCUUCGUCACAAGCCCAGAAAGUCUCUUGAGACCCCUGUUUUGGUCACCUACUCUAGGAAUGGAGAUUAUUUCACGAUUGUCGGUUAUUUUCCUCGUGAGGAUCGGUGGUACAAGUUUGAUGAAAUUCCAGUAUACUUAAUCAACUGGAAACGUGUUUUCUUCCUUCGUGAUAACUUGUAUAUUAAAAAAAGAGUCGAGCUAGUCCCGUAUCAUCAUGAAUCCUGGAGACUUGAUGUCACAUGGUAUAAUCUACACUCAAAGGCUUGGAACUCGAUGCCUUCUUUGGAAAACAGAGAUUUACUUGAACUUUUUGUUUAUGAGGACGAAAUGUACGCUUUGUUCUCAAAAGGGAGGGUAAUAGAUUCCUUCGUUUUUAGCUUGUACAGACCGUUCCAUUACAAAAAAGACCGCAUCGUUCUUGCGAAAUAUAAACCAGAUUCCGACUCAUGGGAAGACAUAUUAUCGACUGAUUAUUUGGAUUGGAGAAGCCGUUUUAGUAUUGUGGUCCACGAUAGUUUUAUCUAUUUCGUUAGUGGUAAGGUGUGGUCUGGAAUGUAUCAAAGCAAGCUCGUGAAUGAUGUUGAUAGGUAUGAUCUUCGCAGAAAACAGUGGAACAAACUGGCGGACAUCCAAGUAGCGAGAGAGAGGGCUCGUGGUGCAGCGGUAAACAGAAAAAUAUUCAUUGCCGGAACCCAGAGUGAUAUGCCUAGGGCAAUUCAACUCACGUGUGAAAUGUACAGUGAAGAAACCAACGAAUGGCAGCUGAUUAAAAGCUUCAACAGAUGGACCUCAUUUCGAGGCCUGUUGGCCACCGAUGAUGAGUUGUAUGUUCUGGAAGAAGACGUUGUGAGCCGGAAUACAAACACUUUUACAAAAAUUUUAAUUGCAUGUUACAACGCUGAAAGCAAUGUAUGGCAACUGAAAACGGAGCUGAAAGUUACCGGAGAGAUGGCCGCUCACUUGGGUGGCUCAAUGACAGUAUUCCAAGGUUUUCUUAGUCCA